GUGGGAUAGAGGAUUUCCUAUUGCAAGGAACACCACUCCACUCGUUCAACGUAACACACGAAUUCGUGAUAAUCAUAGCUUCCGGCGAUCAAAACCGUUUCGUGACCUGGAUGGAACCGAGACCGUAAUGAUCAAAAUGCUUAGUUUCCAAAGAAUGCGAUUAAUGUAUCCAGUAAAUCUUCUUCAUUACUUUCAAGGUCAAUGAAUAAGAUAUAUCGAUUUAAGUUUACGGGAUUAAUUAGGACAUGCUGGUAUAUUUAUUAUAAGAUGGAAUGAAAUCAAUUAAUCUGAAUUUGUUUCUACACGACUCUGAAGUGAGGUCUAUCGUUAUGUCUAAAUGUACUAUACAGGUCAGAGAGCCAAGAGGAAUAUCAGCAAAGGACCAUUAUUACAGAUAAGCUUUAUUGCACACUUCAUGAUCAGUCACUUGCAAGGAAAGAGCCGAUCAGCAGUAAGCCUGACCCGUUCAAAGUCUGAACCGUUGAGCUGACUAUGGAAUAGCUGGGAAUACACUUGCAAAGUACUACAAGCCUAAAGGAAGUGACGAAAGUGAUGACGCUCUUGAAAAACAUAAUUGGCCACUGAUAACAACGUCAGAGUUAAGUUGGAUGUAUACAAAAACUUACCCACAAAUAGAGUAAAAAAUGGAUCUAUUAAACAACAUGUUAGGAUUUAUUCUAAGCUUCGUCCAAAUGGUUCUCGUAUGGGGGGUCGUUGUUAUGACAUUUGUAGCAGGGUUCGCAGUGUUGAAGAAACGAAAAAAGACAACGUGCCCAUCAGGCCCUGUUGGCCUCCCUUUCAUAGGCUCCCUGCAUCUACUAGGGGAUAAACCACACAGGGUAAUCUCAAAAUGGAGAGAAACGUAUGGUGACAUAUUUAGUGUACAGCUUGGACGUAAGGAGGUGGUUGUGGUGGCCUCGUGGGAAGGCUUCAAAGAAGGACUGCUUGCGGAAAGAGCGCCAUUUCUAGAUGGAAAUACGAGUACAGGAUUCCAAGUGGAAUCCAUUCAAAAUGGUCGUGCCAAAAGAGCGGGAACUCCAACGGUGCAAACUCAACGCAGUAAGACACCAGAUGACAUCAACGACUUGACACUUCGGGAGAGAGUUACUGCACAGAGGAUGUUACUUUGGAGUCAAAUGCCAGAGGUAACAACUGAUGGUCUCAUAGAUACUGUCGAUUCCUCUGAACGGAAAACACAAGAGGCUAUAUUUGAGGUGAUUACAUCAGAGAUUAGAUACUUAAACAGCCUCGAUAUUCUCAUCAACAAUUUUGUGAAUGCCAAAGAAUUUGAAGGUGAUAAGUCUCCACUUAGUAAGAUGGACAGACAUCAUCUAUUCUCCAAUCUAACCGCAGUGAGAGAUACAAGCGAAAGAAUUGUAAAAGCACUAGAGGAACGAUGGCAGGAAAAUUGCAUAAUGGAGGACAUCUGUGAAGUGAUAUUAGAGCACGCCAGCAAAUAUUUCGAUGUAUACGUCACCUACUGCAGCAACCAGAUAUACCAGGACAGGUCACUCAGCAAAUUAUCCAAAGAUAAGCAGUUCAAAGAAAUUCUUGCAAAACUUGAGAAGAACCCUGAGGUUCAGAGGAUGAGCAUGGCCUCGUACUUGAAGCAACCUAUGCAAAGGAUCACCCGACUGCCCCUACUCGUAGAUGCCAUACAUAAACGGCUUAUAGAGGGCACUGAUAGACACACGUUUGCAUCAAAAGCAAAGUCACUUUUGCAGAAGAUUGUGAAAAAGUGCAACGAGGGAGCUAGAAAAAUGGAAAGAACAGAACAGAUGGUUGAAAUCAGUAACCAGCUCGAUUUUAACAAUGUUAAGAAAAUACCGUUGAUCUCUGGUUCUCGGUACUUGGUGACGCAGGGACAAGUGCCUUCAGUAGUUGUCACGGACGCUGGUAGUCUCCCGAGAAAGAAACGAGCGAUUAGAAAACUGCGACAUCUAUUUGUAUUUAAUGACAUUGUUAUGAUUACCAAGAGGAAAAAAGACGACAAAUAUGUUGUGUUGGACUAUGGCGCUCGGCCCCCAAUCAAAGUGAGUGAGAUCGACAAGAAUCAGAUAUCAGGACAUGAGAAACUACCACUUGGUGUACCCAGUGGUUGUGAUCAUUUAUUUGCUCUCACGUUUGCAGAUGAACAUCAAACAAAGAAUGACUAUUAUGUAUUUGGCUGUGAAUCAGUAGUUGCUCGCGAAAACUGGGUACAAGCAAUAACAAAAGCCGAGGAAAUAAAUGAAUAUGAAGCGAUAGGUAACAUUUGCAGCGAGACGGUAGACAUGACAAAGGAGAUAGAGAAUCAAAUCAGUCUUGCAUCACGUGACUUUGCAGACGACUUCAGAGUAAUGGAGGACGAAACAUUUGAUCCCAGGACUCUUGUAACACGGACUACAUUCAAGCUAGUGCUAUCCCUCCUGUUUGGUAAAAAAUCAGACAUAUCCGAGACUGAUCAACAGGUAUUAUCAUCCCUUGCACUGGACGAAAACGUUGGCUUUAUGUCACUUUGGGGAAAAUUUGACUCUAAAGGAUAUCGCAGGCUCAAGCAAUCAGCGGCUACACCAGAACAGCAGGAUAUUCUUAGAAAUAUCAUAAAAGAGCAAAAGGAGUCGUUUAGCAAAUCCAAGGUGACCACUAUUUUAGAUUGUAUACUACAACAGUGCUAUAGUUCUAAGACGGAAGAAACGGUUAGCGAUGAGCUGCUGCUGAAAGAAGUCAAAGAAAUCUUUGGAUCCGCAUACGAGACUGCAUCCCUUUAUAUUCUAUGGACAAUAGUUUAUCUCGUGCGUAAUCAAGAGGUCCAAACAAAUAUGCGCGAUGAACUGAGGAACAUUGUUGCGGAUCGGCCUGUAUCUUUAGAUGAUAGACAAUCUCUACCGUACACAAUGGCUACACUUCUCGAAGUCCAGAGGAUUGCUUGUGUCGAUCCAUUUUUUCUCAGUCGUGCAAUAGGUUCAAAUUGUGCAUUCCAAGGAUGUAGCAUACCAAAAGACACAAGCGUAUUGUUCAAUAUUUGGGGUUUGCAUCAUAACGAAACUUACUGGACAGACCCUUUGCAGUUUGAUCCCUCUAGGUUUCUGGAUGAAACGAACCAGCUGAUAAAGCCGGAGCAUUUCUUCCACGUUAGCUCCAUGAGCCGCCUCUCCACUGGUGACAACAUGUGUCAAAUGAUGAUCUUUAUGUUCAUCGCCCGAUUGGUAACGUUGGUUUCAGUACAGCCAAGCGAUGAAGACAAGGUCCCAUCAGAAGAUGAGAAAUAUAUGUUUACAAUACGUCCAGAACCAUUUAAAGUCAAUGUUGAGGGGAGCCCACUUAUGGCAUCAACAAAUCGACGCCAGUCAUCACUUCUUAGGAAAGGAGCCCUGCGUAAAGGAUCACCUAGCCUGAAAAAGACACCAUCGCCAGUUGAAAGCUUGGCUGAUAGUACAAGUUCAAAUAUAUCCACUGACCCUGACAAUCUGACUGUAUAGUAUAGUUAAAUCAACAAACAUAUGCAAGAUAAGUAAUUCAAAUGCAACUGUGCAUUCGUAGAGACACAGAGUAUUGUAAAAUCAAUAGAAAUAUCAGUAAAUGACGUGGUGAUUCAGCAAUAAAACUAUUAACAGUUAUCUUCAAGUUUUAUGGCAGAUAAAAUAAUGUAUGUAGUGAUUUACUUGUACCAGGUGUGCAAUAACUUACUUGCUUUCACACUACAGCUACACGUAGGCCGAAUAAACAAAUCUAAUGUCACGAAGGUGUCUCCGGUGUUUAAAAAUCUGGCACUUAAUAAACCCAUGAGUGUCCAUAUGGGCAAAAAGAAGGUUCUACUGUUAUCAGAACUCUUAAUGCA